AUGUCACAAACUGAGUCGCAAGACAAAAAUGAAACAGUAAAAAAGACAGAAAUCGACUUCGAAACAGUCGAAAUUGGCGCUCAUGAAACGCUUAUUCAAUCUUUAAUCGAAGCAAACAACGAUAGUGAUGAUGAGGGUAAGACAUACGAAACCUUCGAAGACUUAGGUCUUCACCCAGAUUUGUUAAAAAUAAUUAAAAAAAGAAAUUGGGAAAAACCUACAAAGAUCCAGAUUAAAACAAUUCCACAUGCUUUAAAAGGUCGAGAUAUUAUUGGGCUGGCUGUGACAGGUUCAGGAAAAACUGGCGCUUUUUUGCUUCCAAUAUUAAAUUCCAUUAUCACCAACGGGUUAUUUCCUUUUUUUGCUACCAUAAUAAGCCCUACAAGAGAACUUUGCGUGCAAAUCGCAGAUGAAUGUAAGAAACUAGGUUGUCUGUUUCACGUUAAAGUAUGCACAAUUGUAGGAGGAUUGAGUCAAACAGAGCAAGCUAAAGAAAUUGCUCGAAAACCAAAUUUCCUGAUAGCUACUCCCGGGCGCCUUGUUGAUCAUUUACAAAAUUUAAAUGGGUUCAACUUGUCAACAGUUAAAUACUUGGUCUUGGACGAAGCUGACCGGCUUUUAUCUAUGGAUUUUGAACAAGCUCUAUACGAAAUUUGCCAAGCUUGUAAUAGCGAUCGCCAAACAAUGUUGUUUAGUGCAACAAUGACAAGCAAAGUAAGCAAACUGCAGAAAGCUUCCUUAGUAAACCCAAUUAGGAUCAAAGUCGACGAGAAAAAUCAGACUGCUCACAAUUUGCAUCAGUUCAUUGUGCUGGUCCCACUAGAUAAAAAAUUCGAGUAUCUAGUAGCUCUUAUGCAACCUCGUAAAGCUUACAGAACCAUAAUUUUCUGCAACACUUGUAAAUACGCAACUCUCGUGUCGAUUUUUCUAAACAUCUGCGGGUUUUCGUCCGUAGUGUUGACAGGAAACAUGGAUCAAAAAAAUAGAUUAGCUAGUUUGAACCGCUUUAAAUCUUCUAAAUACAACAUUCUUGUCAGUACAGAAGUCAGUGCAAGAGGGUUGGAUCUUCCUGAUGUCAACCAAGUCAUUAAUUUCGACGUCCCUACUAAUUAUAAAGAUUACAUUCAUCGUGUAGGAAGAACAGCAAGAGCUGGAAAGCACGGAGUUGCAUUUACUUUUGUAACAAAAAACGAUGUCGUUCAAUAUAAAUCUAUAGAAAUAGCCAUCUUUGGAGACAACAAAGAGGCUUUUCCUCCUGUCUACGAAAAAAUAAAGGAUGAAUACGAACUCGUGUCAAAUUCAAUGAAUUUGGCUAGACUCAAAAUGUUACUAAUACUUAUUCCAAGGCCAAAAAUACGUUUACAAAUAACGAUGUAG